GCUUGCUGCAGUGUAGUGCUGGGGCUACCAGUAGAGCCAGAGCGCUGCAGUGGAGUGCGGCGAUCUGUGCUGUGCUGUACUGUGCUGUACUGUGUUGUGGAGGAGGGACAGGAGGGACAGGACUGCUGUGUGGCCUUGGCUAGGGCUACUACAGAGUUACUGGCAAGGACAAAAAAUGAGCCAACUGAGGAGGAGGACUACUACAGCAAGAAGGAUACACUUCACACACAAUGGACUCUGAGUCUCUGGACAGCUGCAUCCAGAGCACCCUGUCGGUGCUGUACCCGCCGUUCGAGGUCACCGCCGCCACGGUCCUCUGCCAGGUGUUCGACGUCGUGGAGACCACCUUCCGUGGCGACGGCCUCCGAUACCUCAUCGACUUCCUGAUCCCGGCCAAGCACAUCCUCCAGAGUAUACAACAGGAUGCCUGUUUUCCCUACUGUGGGUACCUGUUUCGUCACGAAGGCUGGCCACUGUGCGCCCACGAGAAGGUCAUAAUCCAGCUCGCCUCCCUGGACCAACGCGUGCUGCAGCCCGGCGACUUCUACCUGCAGGUGGAGCCCAUCCCCAAGAGCAGCCCACGCAUCGCCGUGCGGUGCCUGGCCGAGGACGGGCAGUAUGUGGAGGAGCUGGAGGUGCCUGAGCUAGCCUACACCUCCAUCUUCACCAUGGCCUGGCUGGACUCUCUGAACCAGGAGCGGGCGCGGACAGGCACGGGCACAGGGCGGGCCGCCACGGCCCUGCAGCACUGUCUGCUCUCCGCCGACAGCGACAUCUUCCGGGUGCCCUGGGAGGACGUGGUGCACCCUGAGUUCAUCAGCAGGCCCAAGCAGCAGCCGCAGCAGCAGCAGGCCCCCAGAUCCCCCACUCUGACCCAGAGCAGCCGGGAAGGAGAUGGGGACGGGGACGGGGACAGGACGAGGAACGAGGAAGAGGUUAAGAGGGACAGUGUGGUGGUGGCGACGCAGGACAACAGACCUGCGGAGCCAAGCAAAGGGCUUCUGAUCGACACGUCGCUAGUGGUCCAGAAGGACGUCAGCCGGAGCCACAGGGAGGUUAAGCUCCUCCCGGCCCUGGCGCCCUGUAAGAGGGACAGCAGCGUGGAGAAGUGCUCCACGGACGACUCGGAGGGCGAGUACGUGGAGCUUGAGGAGAUCGCUCUGCCGCGUUUCUCCCCUCAAAAGGGCUCCCUCACCCAGUCCAUAAGCAUGAACUACAGGAACUUUCACAAACCAAGGACUAGUAGCAUGGGGUGUUCGCCACCCGAGGCCAAGCCUCUGGAACAGCCCCCACUCAAAAACAACAGCGCUUGCUCCCAGACUAUGGUGUGCACCAUGCUGAUAGAGGAGAACUUGAAUGACUCUUUUCGCCCGGUGAUAUUGACCCCGACGACCGCCACCCCAGCUGAAUCAGACACUCGCGCCUGUGUUGAGUCGCCAGGCGCGGCAAAGCCUGACGCUUCCUCAUCGGCGGCCGACGACUGCUUGGAAGGUACGCCCCCCACCGAAAGCUCUGCUCGUGUGCCUGAUUGUGAGUGCUCUGUGUCUGAACAGCCAGGUUGCGAUGACUCAACGCUGUCUCAGUCUGUCAAUUAUAACUGCGCACUAGACACUUCUGAUCAGGUCGUCCCAGAGGGCCUUGAAAUGGCUAGCGAAGACAAAACAUGCGAGGAGGAAGGGCCGUCACUUAACCAGCCUAGCAGCUGCGUUAGUCGAGAAGCUGAGAGUUCUGAGGAAGCUAAGAUCGAUAGCGACCAGAAAGAUCUAGAACCCAUCCCAGUGGCAGAGGCAUUCCAGGAGCAGGCAGGGGUGCAAGAGCAGGAGGCGGAGGAGAGUGAUGAGGGUCAAACCAAAUCAGACACACUGAAUGAGCAGGUUAACGCUCCUGUCGAGCUCGUCACUACUCUGGCAGCAGACAGUGGCUCCCUCGGCCCCACUUCAGGAGGCCCCGAGGGGGAGAAAACAGAGACUGGAGUGGGAGUUGGAGACGGAGGCCGAGGGGCCCCUGCCCCUGCCUCUGCCCCAGCUCCAGCUCCAGCUCCAGCUCCUGCCCCAGCACAACAGGAUCAGGUUGCAGAGAGCCUGCCGGGUCAGGAGAGGAUAGAGAGUACGGAGGUACACGUAGACCAGGCAGAGAUGGAGACGUCAAGUAUGGCAGAGGGAACGGAGUGGGUGGGGGUGGAGGAGGAGGAGGAGGAUGGAGACGGAGGGGUGGAGGGGAAAACAGGGAUGCCAAACGCAGAAGAGUCAGUAGACUGCACAGCCUCCUCCACAGCCUGUGGCACUGUAGCUGUUGAGACACUAGCAGAGGUGGCGAGUACCUCUCAAGAAACGGUAGUUGAGCAUGAGGUAGGAGAGCGUUGCCAGGAGGAGGAGAAGGAGGAGGUGAGGCUGGUUGAGGAGAAGGAGGAGGCCACAGAAGUGAGACAGGUAGAGGAGGAGAAAGAGGAGAAACAUGGGUGUGAUGCUGUGUCUGAAGAGGUGGGGGAAGUAGUAGUGAGGGGUGAGGCUGGCAAUGACCACUGCACAUCUCAGGCUUCAGAUACACCUCAGACCUCAGAUUGCACAGUGGACGAGGUGAGUACAGCUACAUUGAGUUCAGUCCCACUGAGUACGUCGUCCACAGAGAGUGCAGUCACACACAGUUCAGUCACAGGGGUUGUCCCAGACGGUGAACAGACGGCUUCAGAAAACACAAUUUCUGAGGUAGAGGCUGCUGAUGCACAGACCAAAGACUCCCAAAGCACUGAUUCACACACACGCUCCGAGGAGAACGCUCACACAGCCGACACAUCGACAGCUGCAGAUGACGAGGAGCGGGAUACACCGGGAGUGGAGCAUGUGGAGAAGGCCAGAGGAGAGGAAGAGAAGGAGGAGGAGGAGGAGGAGGACAAGGAGACACAAGAGCAGGAGAAACAGCAGGAGCCUGGCUCUCCUCUUCAAGUAGAGGAGUCGUGUGAGGAGUCUAGCCAGGCUCCUGCUGUCAAAGUCCCCAAUGGGGAGCCAGAACAAGACACAGCUGUGGACCCCCCGCAUCCAGCAGCCCUCAACCCCACAGUAGAGCUCCUGAGGAGUCUGGAGCUGCAGGCGGUUCAGCCAAUCCCAUGCCAGCAGCAGGCGGUUCAGCCAAUCCCAUGCCAGCAGCAGGAAGCCCCAGCUCUGCCCAGCCCAUGCCAGCAGCAGGAAGCCCCAGCUCGCAUCCCCACCGCCCCCCUAAAGAGCCAGCCGGUGCUCAUGGAGGCCCACAACAUCAACCCAGACGUGCUGAGUUCAGGAGUACUCUGCCUGCCUGGUACGAGAGAUAAAUCGGGGCAUGCCUUGGUCACCGUCACUCCCAGGAACACGAUUUGGCUCAACCCGAGUUGCAACAGCGACGAGCUUGUGCGGAUUAUCAUGUACUUCUACACCAUUCUCAGGAAGGAAGUUCGUACCCUGGGUCUGACUGUUCUGGUGGAUGCCCGGCGGUGUUCACCUGUCCCUGCUCUCUUCAAAGCCUUUAAUAUCCUGCAGGAUUCUAUGCCAGGGUGCAUCCAUACUGUGCUGUUGUUGGCCGACAGAGAUUUAGCUCUUCGCACAGAGAAGACCCCCAGUGUACAGCUGGAGCUCCUGACGUCUCUGAAGUCUCUGCAUAAGCACGUGGACGUCUCUCAGCUGCCCACCGAGUACGACGGCACCUUCCCCUUCUCCCACGCCAGCUGGAUGUGCUUCAGGACGAGGUUGGAGCAGUUGACCAGUAACUGUCAGGAUGCUGUCAACCUCCUCCAGAGCACCAUUGCCAGUCUGGAGUCCACCCCUCUCCCCCCUACUGCGGAGGAGGCUCAGGUGCUGCUGGGCCGCUACAGAGAACUGAUGCGCAGCGUCCUGGAGGACACUCGGCUGGUGCGCCUGCAGCUGGAGGGCGGAGCGUCCCUCUCACGCCUGCGCAAGGAGGAGUCCAGCGUUAGCCUCACAGAGGACUACAGAGAUGGCAUUGAGACAGUGGGCGGCCUGUACAACCAGGUGGACGAGCUGGUGCACCGACUGGUGAUGCUGUCCAACAAGUGCACCCAGGAGCUUGAGUUCGUCAUGGAGUUCAAGAGCCUGGAGGAGGGCUUCAGCGAGGUGAGCCACUGGAUCAGUGAGGUGGGGGAGAGUCGUCUGAAGACGCUGGGGGAACUCGAGGACUCUCUGGAGCAGCUGCGGAAGAAGCAGACGCUCUUCCGAGACUUCUACUCCGCCGCAUAUGAGCACUGUAAGGGUGGGGAGGCCUUGCUCAAGAGGCUGGAGCGCUGGGAGGACGUGUCGUCGGCCGAGCUGCAGGUGUACGAGGUGAAGGUGCGCUCCUUCUGGGUGCACCUGCAGGACUUCUCGCAGCGCGUCGAGGACACCCGACACAAAAUAGACAAGACCGUCAAGCUCUACGAAUUCUUUGACAAGGCGUACGAGUGGGCCCUGGAGGGCAUGCGUCACCUGGCCUGUGUCAGCAUGGAGGACUGCAGCCUGCCUGACAAGUGCCACGGCGUCAUAUCCUACCUGGAGGACUACCGCGGACAGCACCCCGCCAUCCCCGACCCACGCUUCCAGGAGAUGAAGGAGCUGGCCGGGGAGUUGAAGAGCGAGCAGGGCCUGAAGCAGUGGAAGUUCGCCUGGUCCAAGUGCCAGGAGACCAAGCAGAUGUUCGAGAAGAAGCUUGAGGCGGCUCUGAGGACGCGGCGCUCCCUGGCAGACUCCAGCGCCAGCGCAAGUGGCGACAUCGGGUCCCCGCGGCGCAUGUCGGACGUGUCCCCCCGCUCGCAGGAGCGUAGCAGCAGCCUGUCCUUCUCCUGUCGGAAGGCCUUCUCCGGAGCCUGGGGCCGCGAGCGCCUCUCCUCCCAGUCUAGCGUGUCCAGCGUGGCCUCCUCCAUCAGCCCCUGUAGCCCACCGACGGCGACCGGGGGGGCUCGCAUGAUGGCCGACCCCAGCUGCCGGUCCACGCCCGUGGGCAGCCCUUACGGCAGCAUCCCUGAGCAACGCGUACCUCCCAGUCCCCACACCCCCAUCCACACCCAUCGCCUCACGCGCAGCACCUCGUCAGAGGAGUCCCACCACCAUCCACACCCACGCACCCCCUCCUCAACAUGCUCCUCCGUGGCCUCCUCUCCCUCCUGCGCCUCCUUCAGCCCCAGCUUGGAGGGAGCAGCGGCGGCGGGAAGUCACCGGCGCAUCCUCCGCAAGACGCAGAGUUUCGACGCGGCGGGCAUGGAGGCGUCGCGCUACGGCACGUGCCAGCGGACUCUGAGCGAGCCGGCGCGGCGCGGCAACACGGGCGUCUUCAUCAAGGGCCUGGAGGUCAGCAGUACCGAGGUGGCCGACCGGCCCUACAGCCCGCGCCUCACGCCGGCCCACGGCUGGCCCAGCGAAGGCGGCCUGCGCUCGGGAGCCUCCAGCUGCGGAGGCAGCCCUGUGCCGGAGGUCCGCGCCAAGGGCAGUAAACUGCGCCACAUCGUGGACGAGAUGGUGACGACGGAGCGCGAGUAUGUGCGCUCGCUGCGCUACAUCAUCGACCACUACUUCCCCGAGAUGGAGCGCGCCGACCUGCCGCAGGACCUGCGCGGCAAGCGCAGCGUGAUCUUCGGCAACCUGGAGAAGCUGGUGGACUUCCACAGCCAGUACUUCCUCAAGGAGCUGGAGAGCUGCUGCAACCACCCGCUCCGAGUCAGCCACUGCUUCCUCCGACACCAAGACCAGUUCGGACUGUACGCCCUGUACAGCAAGAAUAAGCCCAAGUCGGAUGCUCUGCUGGCCAGUCAUGGGAACAGCUUCUUCAGGCAUAAGCAGCUGGAGCUGGGGGACAAGAUGGACCUGGCGUCCUACCUGCUGAAGCCCAUCCAGCGCAUGAGCAAGUACGCGCUGCUGCUGAAGGACCUGAUCAAGGAGGUGAGCGAGGCCCAGGAGCAGGAGCUGGGGUACCUCAGGGCCGCCGCAGAGAUGGUCAAGUUCCAACUACGCCACGGCAACGACCUGCUGGCCAUGGACGCCAUCCGUGACUGUGAUGUCAAUCUGAAGGAGCAGGGGCAGCUGGUGCGGCAGGACGAGUUCACCAUCUGGUACGGCCGCAAGAAGUGCCAACGACACGUCUUCCUCUUCGAGGACCUCGUCCUCUUCAGCAAGCCCAAGCGCAUAGAGGGAGGCCUGGACGUAUACAUCUACAAGCACUCCUUCAAGACGGCCGAUGUGGGCAUGACUGAGACGUCGGGUGACAGCGGGCUGCGCUUCGAGAUCUGGUUCCGCCGGCGCACCUCCAAGAACCAGACGUACAUCCUGCAGGCGGGCACGGUCGACAUCAAGCACGCCUGGACCUCCGACAUCGCCCGCAUCCUCUGGCAGCAGGCCACGCGCAACAAAGAGCUCCGCAUGCAGGAGAUGGUGUCAAUGGGAGUCGGAAACAAGCCCUUUCUCGACAUCAAGCCAAGCGAUGCUGCUAUCAACGACCGGGCUAUCGACUACAUCAUGAAGGGCCGAGGAGCCAGGACAAGGGCGUCCAUCGCCGUGUCGCUGUUCGACCACUCCAACCCCUUCAAGCGGGCGGCGUCGAUGAACACGGCGAUGAGCGGUGGGCCCCAGGUGGCGGGCGGGCCCCCCUCGUCCACGCUGCUGGGGCCUCUCAACCUGCACAUGUACAGCAGCCAAUCCCUCAUGCCCGGGGACCGGCUCAUCAGCCCCUGCAUUGAGGAGGACGAGCUGGAGCAGGAGACCAGCACCAGCCAGCCCUCCAUGACCACUGAGAGCUCAGGCUCAUCUUCACACUGUCUGUCAGGUGGCGGCUCGAGCGGUUCGGACAGUGGCUGCGUGUCUAGCCACCACCUGCCGGAGGCGCUGUCCGAGGAGCCCAGCUCCCCCUGCGACCCCUCCUGCUACUCCGCGGUCACCUCGCCCGUCGACGACAAGCCACGCUUCAACAGCCAGUACAUUUCAGCGAAAGCAGCUCAAAUCAUAGGCCCAUCCACUAUAGUGUGAUUGCUGUAAUCCUGCUUUUUUGAGUUUAGCACCCAGCUGCACUCACCAAGAAGACAAUGUCAGCCUCACACAAGGAAGAGGAGAGAUGAGGAGAGGAGAGGAUGGACGUCAAGCAAGAAUUUUAUUGUUUCCCUGUGGAGGUCCCAGCAGCACAUCUCAUCUGAUCUCAUCUCACUGAAAAAGAGCUGGGGGGGAUAUAGCACUGUUCUAUUCAAGCCACUUUUGAGCUUUCAUAGCUUUUAUAUCUUUUUUUUUUCUAAAGAAAGUUGAUUUAAAAAUAUUCUUUGUGUAUUUAUCUUCUUUUUAAAAAAGUACUGGUGAAGUAGUGUUCUGUACUAUACCUGUCACUGUGUAAAUAAUUAUUGUAGUAGUUUACAAUACAGUUCUGAACUGUUUUUCUGUUUGUUUUUCCCCCCACUUUUAUCUGUUCUUUGACCACUUAUGCUGCAGACUGCAAAAUGACAAAGCAGGAAUCGCACGCCUUAGUUAAAAAGCAGUUCUUAGUGAGUUUGGCUCAAGAGUAUGUGUUGUAUUAGCAUACGCUUAAGACACUUCUAUGAAAGCAAUAUGCCUUUUAUGCUCUGAAAAAGCAGCGUGACACAUGUGACUUGGUUUCAUUGUUUGGGUCUUUGCGUGUCUGGGACUUUUCUUUCGUGUGCAAACUCUGAUCUGCGGUCAGUGGCAUGGAGUUCCUCUCUCUGCGCUGUCGUUGCCACUGUUGUGGUAGAGGCUGCCGUGUUAGCCACUGGUGCAAAUCCUGUCUUCAUCUAGCGCCAUUGCAGACACUAGUGAUUGCAGAGGGGCUCGCUGGCUCGUUUUCUCGUCCCAAAGCUGAUCAGCCUGUGUGAUUUAUAUGGGAGGGAAUAUAAGGACAAGAAACCUGCUUACUUUACUGCUACAUCUCCUGUACUGUAUGUCUGUUAAACGUUUCAGUUUUUCAUUUCAACUUUACUUUGGAUGCAUUUCUUUUUGCUCUUUUCAUUUUUUUGGCUUAAAAACAAAAACAAUCUGUACAUUGCCUGUAAAUAGUUGCACCUCUCGGUGCUUUGUGAUUCUAGUGUUUAGGAGAGAACUGUGGUAACUUUGUACAUUUCUGUAUUAACCAGCAAACCAGGGAAUCACUGAAGUGCCAUUCUUAACUGCAACUGGAGAGUAAAGUGGGAAAAAAAAGGAAGAAAAAAAAAAGAAGGAAAAAAAUCCAAUUUCCAUCUGUAGCUGGAGCAUGAAUGUGUACUCAAGUGUCAUAUUUCUUAAUCCUAACAAGUUCACACAUAUUUAAUAAAGAUGAAAUGCUUUGUA